AUGAGGAUUCCGCCAAUCGAUGUGCUCAUUCAUUGGCCGCGGCCAAACUACGUCAACCCGGAGAACCGAGGGCCGGGGCUGCUAAUCAUCGAGAUGGUCUUCUUGGGCAUCGCCAUGAUAUGUCUCUGCCUGCGGAUGUACAUCAGGAUUGUCAAGAUUCGACAGACAUGGUGGGAUGACUGGCUUAUGGUCGCUGGCAUGAUAUUCUGCAUUGGUGUCACGAUUUGCGUCAUUCUCGCCACUGAAUUAUACGGUUGGAACCUGCACGUGUGGGAUGUUCCGCUGUCACUGAUCAAGCAAAGCCGUCAGAUCUCCAUGGCCGCGCAAACGCUCUUCCUCUUCGCCUCCGGCCUGUCCAAGCUCUCUAUUCUCGCCAGUUAUCUGAGACUCGCGGCACCGGGCACAUGGUUUCAACGGCUCACUUGGGUGACUGGCGGUCUCGUCUUCACCCUCGUUUGGGUCUUUCUCAUUGUGCUCUGGACGCAGUGCAUGCCGAUAUGGCACUACUGGACCCUCUUCGCUGACUGGGGAAACUGCAUCCCCGAAUGGCCGCCCCUCGCAGGCCAAGGCAUCACAAACGUCCUCACCGACGUCGCUGUCUACCUCCUCCCGAUGCCGACCCUCUUCCGCCUCCAGAUGCCCCUCACCCAGCGCAUCAGCCUCAUCAUCCUCUUUGGCCUCGGCACCGUCGUCGUACUUGCGGGCAUCAUGCGGACGUACUGGGUCAUCCGCGUCGAGGUCUUGUAUGUGGAGGAUCCGUCGUACGACCUGACGUGGGAUGGUUUCAAUAUCUGGGUGUGGACCGCGCUCGAGGCGAAUUUGGCGAUUGUGUGCGGGUGUGCACCGACGCUGAGGAGGCUGUUCACGGGUGGUGGUAAGGAUCAGACGCCCAAAGCUGCGUGCUAUAUGGUGCUGUGCACCCUCAUCGAUGACUCGAUGACAGAUCUCAAUCUUGCCCAAGUUCUUAAACCGCACAACCUUCAGCUCGCGGCACAAGUCUGGAAGACUCGUCCUUGUCAGCUCGCCGAAACAGUCUUCCACGCGCGUGACCGUCAAGCUCUCCAGGUCCUCGGGGUUCAGCUUGUCAAGGUUGUCGACUGUAAUCCCCCCACGGUGAUUCCCCCGUCCUAG